GACAGCAUAACUGCAGUGAUACAAUUGACCUAUCUUCCCCUUUAAAGCCUAUCAAACGUUUGAUUUAUCUUCAGAGAAUUAGUUGAUGAAUGGUAUUGAAGAAGAAAUAUCUGUAGUAUGGUAUUUGUAGCCUAAACCAUUCACUCUAAACCAUAAAAUGUAAUAUGGUAUAUAUGCGGAAGUGAACAGAAUAAGUGACGACGGAACAACACCCCAUUCUAAGUUCCGGUACAAUGAUUAAAGCAGACCGAAAGUGGGCGAUAAUUGUUAACAUUAUCAUAGUGACGCUGUCUGGUACUUCUGCAAGCGAUUCCGAAGACGUGUUCAACUGUUCGCGAUAUGAGUUUUACACUGAUUCGAAGACAUGGACGGGAAGUAAAGAAGAGUGCGGCAAAAAAGAAAAUGGAACUUUGAUAUGCAUGGAAACGUACGCAGAAUGGGAUUUCAUAAAAAAUAAGAUAGAAAAUGGAAAUUAUGGGAACGGGCAAGAAUGGUUUAUUGGUUUACUCUGUCAGAACAAAGACGAACAGAAAUGUAAGGAGAACAAUCAAUGGAGCUGGGUAAACGGAAAAUCGUUAAACUGGAGGUGGACAUUGCCAUGGCAAAAUGGUAAAAAUGAAGCAGAUGGUAACGGACUUUAUGCAAAAGUAUGGAAAAAUGAAGACGAUUACGUUUUUGAUGAUGUCACAAAUAACAGAGGAGAGAAGAUAGGCUACAUAUGUGAAUAUCCAAAUGUAAAUUCUGGAACAUGUAAAGUGAGUAAGAGACCAUUGGAAACAACACUACCAUCAGUCUCAAAGACAACUACAGGAACCCAAAGUACGACAAAAAAGAAGACAACUACGGGAACCCAAAGUACGACAACCAAAAUGACAACAACUUCCGCAUCAAUAAAGAAGACAACACCUACAAGUUCCAGACAAAGUACAGACACACUAAAGACAACUGAACAUACUGUUCCUUCAACUAACACCAAUAUCGUUCGGACUAUACAGAGUGAUUCAGUUACCUCUUCAACAUCAAUACGUACUCAAUCAAGGGAAAUAACGCCUUACAAAACAUCGCCAACUAAGAUAAGUCCAAAUCCAAAGGAAAAUAUAUCAGAAGAAAAGCAAAUCCAAAAAGAAGAAUUUCCCAUCACAUACCUCGCCAUUGCGCUUGCUGUGCUCCUACUCUUCUUGAUCUGUAUGUUGGUAGCGAUUUACUGCUGGAGAAAUAAGAAGAAAGAUAAAGUCCGAGGUUCUGAGGAAGCUGGAAUUCAAUCUCCAACGACAGACGUUAGUGAAAUCAUGAAAAGCAACUCCUUCGUGGCGUUCAAAAUGGUGCACAACAAUAUAGGUGAUGGAAAACAACCAGGUGCUAAACUUACUAACGACGCUACACUAACAGACGGCACAUAUGCUGAAAUCAAGCGAAGCACAUCUGCAAGCACACCGCCUGGAAAAGCUGUAAAUAUGAACGAAAACUCGACAAGUUCCCCAUCACAAGAGGAAAAAAAUGUAGAAGUUGUCUACGCAGCGGUUGAUAAAUCAGCGAAAAAGAAGAAGGGAAACCAAGAGCCACAAGUCACUUAUGCAGACCUGGCAUCAUUCAACAAUAACGAGGAUACAGUCGUCCAUAUGCCACCACCCUACCAGCCUGUCCAAUAUGCUGAGAUUAUCGGCACCAAGACUUCCAAAGGAAAAUAACUAAAUCAACAGAUCUUAUAACCAAAAUGGCUGCAAUUCUGAACAAAGUUUACCACAGAAGGGGGAUAUAAAAGUUUAACCGCUGUACAGUUUGAAUUUCAUGCUCCGAAAUAUUCAUCGAACAAAUGUAUGCCCAUUGGAACAUAUCUUAAGCAAAAGUUUACUCCCUCUAAAGGAAAAAUUAGGGAUAUCUGUAUUGAUUUCUUAGAACCAGUCGAGUUUGAAUCCAGCUAAUAUGCUAAUCAGGUGAAUAUUUUGGAGAAGAGUGGGUUGACUACGGACAUUUCAAUUUCCAUAUGAUCAUUUGGCUUGAUUUUAUAUCUUAUAUGUCUUAAAGCAUUAAACGGAGCGUUGCUGCGUCACCGGACUUUUUCUUUGUUUUCGCCGUUUAUACUUACAUAACCAAGAAAAUGUCCGAAUUCCGAACGCAGACUACGGAGACACUAUACUUUUAUCGAAUAGCUUUGUGUUAAGUCUAGAAUAUUGCUUUAAGCAUGUAAAUGUCUAUUACUCUGCCAAUAUGAGCAAAAGUCUCAGACCCAUUUCUGAAACGCUGGAUCUCGCAAGUAUUUAAAUUCAAUGCAAAUUAUUUCGUUUUAUAUAAUGUGCAAGUGCGCCAAAUAAACUGACGCACGAAAUAAAGAAAAUGACGCAUAAUACGUGAUAUAUAGCCUGCGUACAUCCGGUUUAUUUACGAGUAAAAGCUGGAUGGAACUUAGGCUACCUGAUGCUUAUUGCAUGAAAACAACUGAAAAAGAAUAGAAUAGAAUAGUAUGUACAAUUCAGAGUUCCCGUUAGAAACUAAAAAUAAUCAGCUAUUGUAAGAGCAACAGCGAUAGCAGAGACAGAUUGCUGUUUCAUUCUCCAUUUGUUGACCAAUCUUGGAAAGCUCUCCACAUUUGUGGUGCAUAAUUAUUAUUGUCCGUACAUUCUCAGGUUUGCACGCUAAAUCACAGCCGCUAUAAAUUAGAUGAAUAUAACUAAGCAUUCUUCA